GCUGUCUUUACGGAUCGGCUAGAGAGCCUGCUUUUCACCCCCGUGCUACAAUAGGAUUUCGAUGCUGUUUUGUUGGUUAAUCUACAGGUAGACCCCGGUAGUGGGCGCUGUUUACCUGUAUUUUGAAUAGUGUCUUAGAGUCGACUGUGGGUAGGUGGGGUCACGCCACACAACAAGCCAAGAUGGCCGACUUUGAGGAGCCGCUGUCAGAAGGAGAGAAGGUUCACAUAGCAGCUAAUUUCGUUACCCAUGCACCCCCUGGAGAGUUUAACGAAGUUUUUAAUGAUGUGCGGCUUCUUCUCAACAAUGACAACCUGCUCCGGGAGGGAGCGGCUCAUGCUUUUGCCCAGUACAACAUGGACCAGUUCACUCCUGCCAAACUCGAGGGCUUUGAAGAACAGGUCCUGAUCACAGAGCAUGGGGACCUGGGUCAGGGUCGGUUCUUGGACCCGCGUAACCGGGUGUCGUUCCGCUUCGACCACCUGCGGAAGGAGGUGAGCGAUGUACAGCCGUACGAUGGAGACAGCUCCCUGAGAGCCUGGAGAGAUGCUUGUGAUGCCGCGCUCAGCGCCUACGUGAAAGAGCACUACCCCAGCGGAGUCUGCACGGUAUAUGGGAAAACAGUUGACGGUCAGCAAACCAUCAUCGCCUGCAUCGAGGGUCACCAGUUUCAACCCAAAAACUUCUGGAAUGGGCGCUGUAGGUCAGAGUGGAAGUUCACCGUUGGUCAGCCUACCACUCAGGUAGUGGGAGUGCUGAAGAUACAGGUGCACUACUAUGAAGAUGGUAAUGUGCAGUUAGUCAGCCAUAAGGAAGUGGAGGAGUCAAUAACAGUGACUAAUGAGAGCCAGACUGCCAAGGAGUUUGUAGAUAUCAUUGAGAAUGCUGAAAAUGAUUACCAGACUGCAAUCAGUGAGAACUACCAGACUAUGUCUGACACCACCUUUAAGGCCCUGCGCCGCCAGCUUCCUGUCACACGCACCAAGAUUGAUUGGAACAAGAUCCUCAGCUACAAGAUCGGCAAAGAGAUGCAGAAUGCUUAGAGAACCAAAGACUUACACCACUGGGCUGGCAACACACACACCCCCUUUCAAUAUCAGUCGUGCAAGGACACCAAAGCAAUAUACAGUAGAUCGCAGUCUGGGGUGAAUCGAUAAAAGAACAAGGAAAAAAGUAAACAAAGCUGCAAAUUUGAAGGGUUUGAAGACAGUUCUAUCUUGUUUUAAGCAGCAUGGGAGAUAAAAAAAAAAAAGAAAGUUUGAGUGAGCUAAAAUAGUGCUGAUUUCUGGUUUGCAAAGAUGUAAGUCUUGUGAACAGCCUCACCAAGGGUCCUGAGUUAUUUUAGUUUUCCUGCCUUCUGCCCUUGUAGUAAACCAAUCACGUACAUACCAGUGAUAACCUAAAGAAAGGAACGGAUGCACUUGAAACGUUUUUUAACAAGGCCUUAGGAGUAGCCAGUGUCAAAAAUAAUGUUUUCAGAUGUUCAAUUCAGCAACAUUUUGGAAGUGUAGUAUCAAAAUGUUUAGGUUCUGUUGCUCUGCUCUGGCACUGUUCAUGUUUUUCGGGGUCAGGUUUGAGGAAAAUGUUUGUGUUAUGAGCUUUUUCACUAUCACUACUGGUUGUAUGUCCUCUGCUUGCGCUAACGAAGGAUACUGUAGCUAAAAGUCUGUAUUGUAACCUGUUUAUCAGUCGAUUGUCUUACCUUGGCGACGAAACAACUAUUGCUAUAUCCUCUCCCAAGGAAAACGUCCACCAAGAUUUGUUUGCCAAAAUCUCUUUCCUGUGGUAAAGAACUCCAUACAGAGCUCCUUUUUCUCCAAUGUAUACGCAGAGCUAUAUUUUGCUAUGCCGUUUUUUUUUUUUUUUUUUUGUGUUACGAUUAGCCCUCCCAGAAUAUUCAGACCUGUGCUUGGGUAAAGGCAAACUAUACUCAUGCGUUUCUGGAGUGCGUAAUGUUACGGAAUGUUCAGUUCAAACAAUGUACAUUGUGUAGAGCCAGUGUACUUAUCUGUCAUGCUGAAUUAAGGCUUUUGUGUGUUCUGUACUGUAAAUAUCUGCAACGUUCUUAACCUUGGUUCCCACUGAACACACCCCUGUUCAUCAAGGAAACACACCUGUUCAAAAUGACCAUAAGCUGACCCGGAUCAUUUACUCUGUGCUGUGUUUAAUGUCCACUGUACUACCACUGCAGUCAGAUGCAACAUUCAGGACUAUACUGCCGCAAUCUGUUGUACAAAUAAACCAAUUAAUCUUA